CGAUGUCGGAGAAGGAGAAAAACCCAGCGGACGUCGAGCUCACCCUCCCCGGCGACCGCGCCGAGCCCGAGGACGCCAGUAUACAGCCGCGGCGAUCGACCACUCGCGUAGAGCUCUGGGCCUUUUACGUUUAUUACAUCGGGAACAACGGCCUAUCGGGAUUCAAUUUCGGACCGUCCCAGUUCCAGAACCUGCUGUUCCUCGCAGGUUACGACCCAAGUCAACCGCAAUUCACUGCGCCGUGCGGGUCGGGCACGGAUUGUGUGCUACCAUACCUCGGGAGAGUGCGUGACGUAAACUCCAUCGUCCUCCUUACAAAUGGCAUCAGUUUCGCUCUGCAAGCUGCGGUCCUACUUAUAGUAGGCGCUUGGGCCGACUACGGCUCGUGGAGGCCCAAUAUUACCAUAUUUUUCACGAUCCUAGCUGCUGCAGUCUCAUUCGCUUGGCUUGGGGUUGAAGACCCAUCAAAAUGGCAGGCGGGUGUCGCGUUGUACAUCCUCGGCUUAAUUACCUACCAGUGUGCACUCACAUUUUGGACGGCCGCAUUUCCCGGGCUUGCUCGCGACCUCCCCAACGUACGGGAGUCGGCCGAGAAGUUCGCUGCAGGCGAAAAGUCGCACGUUGAGCAUGCCGACUAUGAAUCCAUGGAACGAAACCGGAUAUCCAACGUCUCGUUCGCCGUGUGUUCAGCAGGCGAGAUUAUCAUCCUCGCCGUCAUGGUCGGCAUCCUCAAGGGCCUAAAGUCCGACGCAAGCACCGAGAACAACACGAAGGCUUUCAGCGUGCUCAUUGCUUUCGCGGGAGGAAUAUGGUUGUUAUGCGCGCUGCCGUGGUUCUUCCUCGAGAAACGUCGACCAGGACUGGCCCUUCCUGCAGGGGCAUCCAUGUUGACUAUUGGCUUCAAGCAGACAGUGGUCGCGUUUCGCGAGUGUCUAAGGCUGAAGCAGACUUUCUUGUACCUCAUAUUUUACUUCCUGAUGGGAGACGUCCUCAACACUACAGUAACCGUCAUUGGGACGCUGCAGAAUAGUGUUGUGUCGUAUUCGACGCUCCAGCUGACCCUGCUUCUCAUCGUCGGGAUCGUCGCCCAAGGCGCAGGAAUAUACCUGUUCUGGCUCGUUCAGAAGCGUUUCCAAAUUCCGACGAAAACGAUGCUCUGCUUCAACGUGUUCUGGAUCCUCAUCCUCACGAUAUGGGGCCUCAUCGGGAUCCACACCGACAAGUUCGGUUUCAAGCACGUCUGGGAGAUCUGGCUGUACCAAGCUUUCUACGGCCUCAUGGUGUGCCCUUGGUACGCAUACAGCCAGACCAUGAUCAGCGAAGUGUCGCCGCUCCCGCAGAUGUUCCUGUUCUUCGCGCUCUUCUCCGUGGUGGGGAAGACGUCCGCGUUCAUCGGGCCCCUCGUGUCGUCCGCGAUCAUCACCGCGUCCGGGAACAACGACAACUAUCCCUUCGUGUUCCUCUUCAUACUGGGCGCGCUCAGCACGGGCUUCCUCUACUUCGUGGACGUCGAGAAGAGCAGGAUUGAAUGCGAGGAGUUCAUCCAGGCCGAGGCGAAGCGCGAGGCCUUCGCAGACACGCCAUGAGCCCUUGGCGUCUGCCACCUCACACU